AAAUAAGUACAUAAAUAAAAGAUCCAAAUGUAAAACCACUUGUAUGAAGGUAAAAAAGCGCGUUUGUGAUGUAAAACACUGGCAAGUCCUGAUUUAGAAAAUCUUUAUCAAACAGACCUGAAUGGACAAAGAUUGAUGCUUUUAUAUGAACCUGCAGAAGGAAGCAGGUCAGUCGAGAUUCACUUCUAAUGAUUCAGCGGACUCCAUUAAAACUGACAGUCCAACAGAUUUAUGUUAUGAUCGUGUAAAGCUUUUGAGAAGAACAGAACUGAAGAAGUUUUCCAGAAUCUGCGUGUCCCAGCAUCCUUUGCGCUGGAGUGGAUAAUCACAGACCUGUGUGAGUUUGUAAAGCUCCUUACAAAUCCUCUUAAGGAUUCCACAGUGAGAAGAAGCAGCACAUCGUGGAGGCUGGGAACAGUGGAGGAUCUGUGAGCGCAAUGCAGAGUCCAGACAUGAACGGAUACAGCGGAGUCACAGCGCAGUCCUCACAGAUAAACGGUCAUGGCUCACUGUCUCCAGAUAUUCCUGCCAAAAGGUCGGGUGGUAAAGCUCUGUAUGGAACAGAUGGAGUGUAUUUCCUCCACACCUCUGCCAAACACAAAAAGAAAGAGCAAAGGAAGAACUACACCAAAAACAGCAUCAACAGCCUGACGGACACGUCACAGUACCAUGUGGAGCAUCUGACCACGUUUGUGAUGGACCGUAAGGAGGCCAUGCUGACCAUCGAGGACGGCGUCAGAAAGCUGCGUCUGCUGGAUGCUAAAGGAAAGGUUUGGACGCAGGACAUGAUCCUGCAGGUGGACUGGAAAGCCGCCAGCCUCAUCGACAACGACAGCAAGAACGAGCUGGAGAACUUUCCUCUGGCCUCGAUCCAGCACUGUCAGGCCGUGAUGAACGCCUGCAGCUACGACUCCAUCCUGGCACUGGUGUGCAAGGACUCCGGCCAGAGCAAACCGGACCUGCACCUGUUCCAGUGCGACGACAUCAAGGCCAAUUUGAUCCACAUGGACAUCGAGAGCGCUGUCAGCGACCACAAGGGCGGGAAGGUCAAGAAGCGUCCGGAGGUGCUGAAAAUGAUUCUGAAGAGUGACGGGACCGUCCCUCCGCCCCCAGGAGGCCCCGCCCCCGAGCCUCCAGGAGCUGUCAAUCAAACGGAUGGCAAGAGCCGAGUGGACAGUUGGACUGCGUGGACCAAUAAGCAGCAGGAGCAUGAUCCACCGAGAGAUUACACAGAGCUGGAUGGCUCUCCUGAGAUGAGCCCAGCGCAAGUGGACAGAGAAGUGCAAAUCCUCAAUCAUAUUCUGGACGACAUCGAACACUUCGUCACCAAACUGCAGAAAGCCGCCGAGGCCUUUAACGAGCUAUCAAAGCGCAAGAAUACCAAGAAGAGCAAAAAGAAAGGACCCGGAGAGGGAGUUUUGACGCUGAGAGCUAAACCUCCGUCUCAGGACGAGUUUAUCGACUGCUUCCAGAAGUUCAAACACGCCUUCAACCUGCUGGGGAAGUUGAAGAACCACAUUCAGAACCCCAGCGCUGUGGAUCUGGUCCACUUCCUAUUCAAUCCUCUCAGACUGGUGAUCCAGACGUCUGGAGGGGUGGAUCUGGCUAAAAGCGUGAUUGUUCCUCUCCUCACCAGAGAAGCCAUUGACUUCCUGCACGCGGCGGGUUCGGCGGAGGAGAGACACCUGUGGGUCACGCUGGGAGACGGAUGGACCAAAUGCAGGUUGGAGUGGCCGAAGGAUCACCCGUUUCCUCCGCACACGCUGUGUUUCCGGGACGGCUGGGAGCCGCCAGUGCUGGUGUCUCGUGAGCAGGACGUGGCUCAGCUGGCGGAGAGGCUCGGCGCGGUUCAGAGACCUGUGGACCAGCCGGUGGUCCAGGACUUCCCCGGCGCAGACGGGUACGGCUACAGUCACACUUCUCACAAGCGUUUGCACCUGCUGGAGCCAGACAUGGCCGUGGCUGCUUUUAAACACGCGGUCAGCCAUCAUGUAGAUAGGAACCUUGAGGCUCACAGCCAGACGCAGAGGAACUUUGCCAAAUCCAGAUAUGACUUUGUGGCCAGAAAUAACACUGAACUGUCUGUGAUGAAGGAUGAGGUGGUGGAGGUGCUGGAUGACAGGAAGCAGUGGUGGAAGGUGCGAAACGGGUCGGGGGCUAUAGGAUAUGUGCCAAACAACAUCUUGGAGAUCACCAGGGCAGUGGACAUGACGGGCCGCGGGGAGCCCAUCUAUAGCCACACCAUACAGCUAAUGAUGCCAAAAAAGGAAUUUGAGUUGUUUAAGCAAUUACUGGGCGAGUUAAACGAGAAGCAGCGCUCAGAUUAUGUGCCCAAACCGGUGGUGACGGAAGCCCUGCCCACCCCAAUGGCCCCGCCUCCUCCCGCCCCGAUGCAGAUCCCCACCCCCCCGCUGCUGUCCACAUCCGCCCAACAACAGGACACACCACCAGCCGACAGCCAACAACACAACAACAGCAGCAGCGAGAGCGACGGCGUGACCAUGAGAGAACAUCAGAGAGAGAGACCCGCGCCCACCAGCCGCCGGAAGUCCAACAUGGAGGAGGUUCAGGAUGAGCUGAUUCACAGACUGACUCUGGGCCGCAGCGCUCAGAAGAAGUUCCAGGCUCCGUCUCGCUCCUCCAGCAGCCUGCCGGCGGUCAACAUCACGUACGACUCCACGCCGGACGAGGUCAAGGCCUGGCUGCAGCUCAAAGGCUUCAGCGAAGUGACUAUCAACAGUCUGGGUGUACUGACCGGUGCUCAGCUCUUCUCUCUGAACAAAGACGAGCUGAAGACCGUCUGUCCUGAUGACGGCGCUCGAGUCUACAGCCAGAUCACCGUCCAGAAAGCUGCUCUCGAGGUGAGUCGACUUCCUCCGCUUCUCCUCACAGAUCCUUCCUUAUUUCUCUCUUCAUUCCUCUUUCAACUCUUCUGUCACAAUCCAUAUGUCUCGGACCGGAUCACAUCACACUGACCGUGCGAUUCUGGAUCCAUCCAGAAAGUGAUAGCAAAAUAGUACUCCCUGAAUCGAAUCUCGAGUCUGGUUAGUUAAUCUGCUGAUAAGUUGCUCAACUCUGUAGUGUCGCUUUGGUUUUUCUGUGGUGUUUUUGCUGUCUGCAGGUUUUCUUCUGACCCUCUCAUGAUCUUCACAUGUAAUCCACGUUCCUCUGAAGGUACUUUAGUAUCGUAGCGAGGCGGCUUUGCUCUGUUUAGUUAACACAUCAUUAACCAGUUCCUACUUAAAGGGAUAGUUUACAAACCUGUAUGAGUUUCUUUCUUAAACAAUAUAUUUUUAAAAAUGUUGGUAUGCAAAGAGUUGAUGGAUACCGUAAUGUGUUAGACGUCAAAAAUGGUUUGAUUCCCAGCAUCCUUCAAAAUAUCUUCUUUUGUGUUUAAAAAUUCAGGUUUGAAACAACUUGAGUGUGAGUAAAUGAUGACAGAACUUGCAUUUUUGGGUGAACUGUCCCUUUAAAUUGGAAUAUAAAGUCCACACUUAGCUAGUACUCUGUACUACUAAUAAUAGUGUCAUUAUGCAGUUAAAUUUUUGUCCGUGCAGUUAAAUCAAUAAUAUUACUCAAUAUCAAUUGUCUUUUAAACCCUCCCAAAAUUAAAAAAAAAAGCACAUAAGAAAUGGCAUUUAUUUCGAUUGAUCUUAUGAUGCACAGCGACUGAAGUCUGACUAGGCCCCUAACUAUUCCAGCUGUUACUCCUGCUCUUAUCAGUAGAUAUUUAGUUUAUGCAUUAUGUUUAAUGGUUCAAUGCAAAAAUAUUUAGUAACUUGCCACAGCUAGCUGGUGCAAACGACCCCUUAUGAUCCUGACACAGAACCGCUCGUUUCCUCCUCCAGCUCAUAUUAAUAUUUCUGUCAUGACAACUCUCGGAGGGAUUGGCAUGGUAAUGUACAUGACAAU